AUGUGUCAGGGGCGUGCACGUGUAGUGUCAGGGGCGUGCACGUGUAGUGUCAGGGGCGUGCACGUGGAUGUGUCAGGGGCGUGCACGUGGAUGUGUCAGGAGCGUGCACGUGUAGUGUCAGGGGCGUGCACGUGUAGUGUCAGGGACGUGGAUGUGUCAGGGGCGUGCACGUGUAGUCUGUCGGACUCGGAGUGGGAGGAGCUUCUGGACGGGUUUGACGAGCGUUCGUAUUUAAACGCGCGGAAAUGGAAACCUGGAGACGACCCGUACACACUGUACGCCUUUAACCAGCGCGAGAGCGAGAGGAUCCCCAGCAACCGAGCGCUCCGGGACACCAGGCACUACAGGUGUUCGACUCUUCACUACGACUCAGAUCUUCCUCCCACCUCCAUCAUCAUCACCUUCCACAACGAGGCUCGCUCCACCUUACUCCGAACGGUCCGCAGUGUUUUAAACCGGACUCCAGUUCAUCUGAUUCAUGAGAUCAUCCUGGUGGACGACUUCAGUGAAGACGUGGACCGGAUCGGCUUUAGUCCAGGCCGAGUCCAGGCCGAGUCCAGGCCGAGUCCAGGCCGAGUCCAGGCUGAGUCCGGGUUCAGACCGGGAUCCAGAGCGGGACUGUGGGAACUUUAUCUAGUUCCGUCGGACUCGGUCUCAGACUCUGGUCCGAUUCGUCAAAGGUCCAACUGUCUCGAGUCUCGUCGCGUGGAGGGGGCGGAGCUUCCUGUGCUCACUCUGGGGCCGUGUGCAAAAGAGGGUGUCGCCGCCGGCAACCAGGACUGGGUUUACACUGUGGGUCAGCAGAUCCGACAGGAGCAACACUGUCUGUCCCUGUCAACCAUGUUCCCCGCCUCGCAGGUGCUGCUCCUGCCCUGCAACAUGGCCGACGGAAAACAGCGGUGGCAGAAGGCAGGGACGCACCUGGAGCACCUGGCGUCUCGGUUCUGCCUGGACUCGGAGAUGGCGCUGGACGGUCUGGACUCGUCUCGGAUGUUGGUGAUCAGCCCGUGUGAGCUGAGCGCCUACACGCAGCGCUGGGACCUGCCCUUCUCCUGACCCCGCCCCUGUCGCCCCUGUCGCCCCUGUCGCCCUGCACCCUGCCGCGUGACCCUGCACCUGCCGUGACCCUGCACCUGCCCCUGCCCCUGCCCCUGCUCCACCCUCACACGAAGCA